AUGAUCGACCCGACAGAUAUCGCGACGCUCUUGUCCGAGUACCUCCAGACGGUCUGUGGACCUACACAAUUCAUGGGCGAGAUCGACGACGGCAACGAGGACGCCACGCUCGGGUUGAACACGCUCCAACGAGCCUUCAGAGGCAGCUCCAGCUCCUGGGCCAGAAAGGGCGACGGCGCUGUGAUCAUCAACUUCUCUAGCUCCGACACGAAAGACGUGACGGUCAACAUCAUGUCGGGCGGCGACAAGAUCGACGAAGUGGAACGCGACGUGGAGGAUUUCUCGGACUUCCCGGCACAGGAGGCGGGUCGUUGGUACUGUGGGUCCCGACGGCGUCGGAGGGAGGCCACCUAG